AUGAGUAGUACAGAGCGAGCAACCCCUGUUGUCCCUAGGCGCCGGCCGGGCGGCCUCAGUGUGCUGCGCCUUCCUCCAGGUCUUCGCGUCAGUCCAGCUGAGGGCAGAGGUCAGAACUGGAAGGACUGGAACAAGCAAAUUCUCAAUGCUGCCACCGCAAUUGACGCCCGGGGUAUCAUCAAGGGCGACACACCAGCCCCAGGAUUUCAGGACAAUGACUUAUGUUGGGAGGAGAUGACACUCCGCAGGCCACAGCUCACCACAGAGAUGGACACAGACGCCAUUCAGAAGGAGCUUAAGGCCGCAGAAGAGUACAACAAGUACAUCCGCCCUCUUAACAACGACAAGUGCACCGAGAAGUUACGCCGCAAGCAGGAGUAUGGCCACUGGCACACACGAGAUGGGCAUCUCGUGUGUGCCAAAUUCUACUCACUUUCUGCCCCUUGAGAAUAGCUACCGAUUUGUUCCAUAAUAAUGCCAUAUCUAGGCAACACAUCAGGGCUCCGGAAGUGACCCUUACAUCGGAAGCCUACACUAUAAAAUCGGUCGUCAACAAGAACAGGACCCGCGUCGUUUGGCGAGAGCGCUGAGCUGGCUGGACUCUUUACUCGACCUGCUUGGUCUUUC